CUACGGGCGAGAUCAACGAUGAUCAACUGGGGUGUUCUACGGUGCUGGGAUCCUGUACCCCAGCCGUUGAAGACAGUCCGUCUCGUUUUUAGAUGUUGGCUAACUAAACUCGAGCCUUCUUCAAGGAGUAUAUAGCUCAAACAUGCUCACCCUCUUUCUUGGCUUUUGGGAAUCAUCAGCAGUCACUCACUUAGACAUCUGACAACAGUCUUUUCACACACAUUCGUUUCUUACUUUACCGAAAAGGUUAGCUGCCAAGAUGGUCGCCAUCAAAGGCAUGGGAGGCGUCCUUGGCUGGUUGUUCUCAAUCCAAGCGUCUCUAAGCCAAGACAAGACCAACGGAAAAUCCCCUCUUGGCACUUUGAAUGCUGCCAAGCUGCCGCUCUUUAUGAGAAACAACCCGCUACCCAACGGUUUUCCUUGGGGCAAGCUUUCCGCCGACGGAACCAACUACUACAAGGAGUGGCCCAACACUGGCGUCACCCGCAAGUACGACUUCACUGUCAGCCGCGGUGUGAUCGCCCCUGAUGGCUACGAGCGCAAGGUCUUGCUCGUGAACGGUGCCUUCCCCGGCCCUACUAUUGAGGCCAACUGGGGUGACUGGAUCGAGGUGACGGUCACCAACAACAUCACCGAUGGCCCUGAGGGAACCGCGCUUCACUGGCACGGAUUCAGACAGCAGAACACCCAGUGGGAAGACGGUGUCCCGGCCAUCUCCCAGUGCCCGAUUGCUCCCGCCAAGACCUACACUUACAGGUUCCAGGCGACUCUGUACGGAACUACUUGGUAUCACUCUCACUACUCCUCUCAAUACGCUGGUGGCUUGUUCGGACCCAUGGUCAUCUAUGGCCCUGCUAAGUCUCAGCCUGAGAUUGAUCUUGGCCCUAUUAUGCUCUCUGAUUGGUACCACAAGCAAUACUUCGAUCUCAUUGAGGAAAUCUUGCAGGUCAAUGGCAGUGGCUUGGUCUUCUCUGACAACAACCUGAUCAACGGCAAGGGUAACUUCAACUGCUCCACCGUUGCGACCGGAGAUAACACCAAGUGCACCAACAAUGCCGGUAUCUCCAAGUUCAAGUUCCAGACCGGCAAGACCCACCGUCUCCGUCUCAUCAACUCCGGUGCCGAGGGUACCCAGCGCUUCUCCAUCGACGGACACACCCUCACCGUCAUCGCCAACGACUUUGUUGAGGUCGAGCCCUAUGACACAAAGGUUGUCACCCUCGGUAUUGGCCAAAGAACCGACGUCCUUGUCAAGGCCAACGCCGACAACAGCAACCCCAGGGGUGCCUACUGGAUGCGUAGCAACAUCACCAGCUGCAGUCUUACCACCCAGCCCCUCGCCCUUGCUGCUGUCUACUACGAUCUGGCCGACCAGUCCAAGGCGCCAACCAGCAGUGCUUGGAACGUUCCUGACCCUGGCACCUGCGUCAACGAUGACCUCGCUCUCACCAAGCCCGUCAUGAAGCUCAAGCCGGCCAACGUUCCCGUCACCAGGACCAUGGAAAUCAAGGUCUUCCGCAAUGACUCUGGUAUUGUUCAAUGGUCGCUUGGUGGCGUUGACUUCCGCGGCAACUUCAACGACCCCACGCUUCUUCAGGUCAACAAGGGUGAUUUGACCUUUGACAAUGACUGGAACGUCCAGAACUUUGCCAACAACGGCAGCGUUCGCAUUGUCGUCAGCAACAACAGCCCCGCAGCUCAUCCCAUGCAUCUCCACGGUUUCAACAUGUAUAUCCUCCACGAGGGUGACGGCCUGACAUGGGACGGAACCAUCACCAACCCCGAGAACCCUCAGCGCCGCGACGUUCAGCAGGUUCGUGCCGGCGGCCACAUGGUCAUGCAGUUUGACUCCAACGAGAACCCUGGUGUCUGGCCCUUCCACUGCCACAUUGCCUGGCACGCGUCAGCCGGUCUCUUCUCCCAGCUGCUGGUUCAGCCCGAGAAGGUCAAGCAGCUCCGCAUUCCUUCCGCAGUCGCUGAUGUCUGCAAGGAUUGGUCUGCCUGGACCCAGAGAAACAUCCCUGAGGUCAUUGACAGCGGUCAGUAGAUCUGAGCCUAUUUUAUUUCUUUGUCUAUAGUAUCCACGGUGUACUGGUAGCAUUUAAUUUUCUUGGUUGUGUAUUAUUCGGUUAUAGGGGGGUUUAUAGAUUUCACAUCUCGGCACUUUAGUCUAUACAUUACUCGGCUAGAAGACUUCAAAUGAAUCAUUCAACAUACAUUAAUCGCUUUGAUGUAUGUGAUUGCUAUUGGCGUGCGCCGAAGCCGACAUUGCUCCAGAUGCCGAAUUG